CGAAGAACGUGAAACCACAUAAAAAAAAUGCCGGUGGAGGGUCGAAGGGAUAGACGGGUGGGGUCCCGAGAGGAUGUAGCCAUGGAAGAGAGGCGGAACGAUUUGAUCAGGAGGUUCCGCCCGAUGUUUGACAAGCAUGGCAGACAAGGUGUACCUUUACGUGAUUUACGGGAGGAGCUGGAAGAAGAGGGACUGACAGAAAGUAUUGCUCCGGAGCGAUUGGACGAACUCCUCCGACGAGCUGAUAGGGAUGGAGAUAAAAAAAUCCGACUCGGGGAGUUUGUCAGAAUGAUGACCGGAGAUGACAUUAAGGAUCAUGAACGAAAGAAGAUGGGAGGUCUGCUAGGGGCAGCCAUUGCUAACAUUGUUCCCCAGAGCAUGAGAGAGGAUUUCAUAGCAAACUACAACUGUAAACCUCCUCCUAUCUUCAUGAUCUUCAUCAGCAUUGUAGAGAUAGUAAUUUUUGUUGUUUACGCUGAGGAACAGAAGUCUCGUGGUGUAGCGACCACGUCUGUCUCUGGAGUCCCUCUGUACAGCCCUCUGUUGUAUAAACCAACCAGACGCUACGAGGCAUGGAGAUUUGUCACCUAUAUGUUUCUACACCAAGGGUACAUCCAUUUGAUUUCUAACCUGAUCUUCCAGUUACUGCUGGGCCUGCCUUUAGAGCUGGUUCAUAAAUUCUGGAGAGUUUUUCUUAUUUAUGUCCUGGGAGUUAUUGCAGGUUCCCUCGCCCAUUCUGUGACAGAUCAUGCAGUGUCUUUAUGUGGAGCCAGUGGUGGAUGCUAUGCCCUGAUUGGUGCCCAUAUUGCAUCCGUUAUUACUAACUGGAAGGAAAUGAAUUACAAGUGCUGUGAUGGAUCCAUUCUGCGAUUUCUUCUCAGUGCACCUGUUAGAUUAACAGUAUUUCUUGUCUUAUCUAUUGGUGACACCAGUGUUGCUGUUUAUAGAAGAUUCUUUGAAGAAGGUGCUACUAAAAUUGGUAUUUCUGCUCACAUUGGAGGCAUGAUGGCUGGGUUGCUUAUUGGAGUUCCACUGCUUAAGAAUGUGAAUGUAUUACCCUGGGAGAGGAAGCUAGGCUGGGUCUCGUUGAUCAUAUACCUCAUUUUUGUUGCAUUCUGUAUGUUUUUUAAUGGACUUUAUCAUGGCUACCCAGAAACAGACUGGUCAUCCUGCUGUCCAGCCUGAGAGGUGCUGCAUCUAAUAGUUAUUCCAAUUUCAUAUGAAAUUACCUCACUAGGUUUUUUUCCCCUUUAUAUUGACAAUACAUUACAUGAUGUGUUACAUUGAUUACAAUUCUUUACAGUCCUUUAUUGUCCUACAGGAUAUAUUACAUAGACAUAGGCAGUUAAGGAACAUGUGUGCCUUUAUAUUAAAGUAUUAAUUUAAUAACAUUUAUUGUUAAUUUCAAUGUGCUUUCAUUUUAAUGCUUUUAACCUCAUCUUUGAAAUUCAAUUAUUAAUAAAUCUUACAUUAACUAUUAAAUUUUAUAAUAGAUAACAGUUUAACUUUCACUUGAAGUAGAGAACUUAGUCAUCUCCAAUACUAGUGAAUAAUGAACCAUAUAAGUCAUUUGUAGUACCUAUAGGCUUCCCCCUUCUACCGGUAAUUGACCAUUUGUUUUUGUUUUUUUUCUAUAGUUUAUAAAUGCAUUUUCUUUACAUAUUAUUGAAAAAACUUUGAGCUUUCCUGAAUCACUGAGACUCGAGUGAGCUUUCCUGGUCAAAAUUGGUCAGUUAGCAUUCAAGUUUCAAUGACUACUGUAAACCAACUUUUAUUCGUGUGGGAGAAAUAUCAGAGAGUUUCAUGACCUUCUUUAAUUUGAAUUAAUCACUGCAAACCAUUUAUUUUUCUUUGUAUUUAUAGAGAAUGUUUCCUAAGUAGCAAAAAUUAAUCAUUGUGGAUUGAUUUCAAACUGAUGAAUCGCGAAUAAAAGAUGACGCGAAUAAUAAUUGGUUUACAGUAAUUCAAGAUGAAGUAAUUGUCCCAAAUAUCAAGUGGGGAUACAGAAGGAAUCUAUAGACCUUGUGAAAAAAAAGAACAAAUUUUCAAGUACCGUAUAUACUCGCCUAUAAGUCGGCUGUAUUUUUUAAGCUUAAAUUGGAGGGAUUGACCCGCUAAAAUAGCAAUAUUUUUAUAACUCACGUAUAAGUCGGAUAAAGAAAUUUGGACCAAAAUUUAACUCCCAAAAAACCGACUUAUAGGCCAGUAUAUACGGUAUACAACCAUUCAUUCAUAAGGACUUUAACUUAAUUAAAAUGAAUUAGAAAGGAAGCAGCCUAGGUACAGAUUCUAAUUUGUUGAGGUCAUGACCCCAGAGAUGAAGUUUAGGAUACAGAAAGAACAUGUUGACUUAAUAAAUAACAAGGCCUCUUGUUUUGUCCAAUAAAUACAUGAAUGCCAUCAUGUUUGAGUAAGGCAUUCCACUUUGUAAGAGGUCCCUCGAGUCUCAACAGAAAGAGAGAGAGAGAACUGUUACUCAAGUGUGCAUUGUGGUGAGGCUUGUUUUGAAAAAUAUGUAUUAUCUGCUACUGCAUAAUCAAUAUUGCUAUAUUUUUAUAAUUUUUUGAUAUCUGUAUUACAAGGAAUCUGACAACAGAAUCUUUUAAAUUAGAUGCCAUAUGUUUUACAAUCUAUUCAUAUCAUUUUAUAACUUGGUUAGUGAUAUAUGUAUAUAUAUAGUUAUAAAUCAUGACAUUG